UGUUGCUGUGCUGGAAACCCCGUACUGACUGUGAAGGGACCCAAGAUGGCUGACUACUCACGGGGGGGGGACCAGCUAGCAAUUAUCUGAGCCGUCGGGAAUGAAUGGCAAAUAGCGCUGUAGCGUCAGGCGUAACCUCGGAGUAACCGCGCGGCAGCACUUUGUUGGCUCGCACGACUGUUCGGGAUGCACGGAUACCGGUACGGAGAGGGUGGUCUCUCCGCGGCCCCGAGCCAGAACAUGGCGGAACACUUGGGGCAGAAAUAGCGGCUAACGGCUAGCUAGCUUGGACGUAUUAUUCAGACACAAUUGGGGGGGAAACAGCGGCGCGGGUAGUGAACACGGUGUCCGCGGGUGUGAAAAUAAUGUUACCGGUGCGCGGCUCUGCCCGUCGUGUGCUUUGUGUUGUUGUUUUGAUCGCCGGGACAUGUGGAGCGUAGGCAGCUAGCAGCGCAAGCUAACUCGGUAGCCGUGCUAGCUAACGCACCUAGCUAACGCUGCCCUCCAGCGUACAGGCUGUACUAACGGGCAGGCUGGGUGCUUCUGGGGAACCAGCGGUCGUUGGAGCCGAGUUUAUUGUGAGUACCGCUCCCUCGGCGGUGUGUUGGGGGGGGCGGGGGUUUGUAAUGUCUGCCAGCCGUUGUUUUGACUAUUAACGCGUUAGCAAACGCCAAUGCCCUCCGCACUGUAAACGGGUCCGUCGUUAGCUCGCUGCAACGGUCCGCGAGUCUCCUGCGCGAGAUAAGUUUAAAACGGCCCGAGGGGGAGAAAAAAUAAACAUAUCGUAGUUGUGACUGCGGGAGUCGAGCAGGGGACGUUUCCUGGUUCCUCGUCCCCGGACUUUGGAAUAAGCUCGGGCUGGUUGAACCCUCGAGCGGACGAGCCCAGCGCUGCAUUGUAGAGGAGAACGAGGAAAAAAAGUGAAGUUGUGGUGUUACUAGGCGAGGCGGACACCCUGUGAGACAAAGCCGAGAAGGAAGGUCCGGGAGGGGGAUACCGGCCACCACCACCUGCCAGGAUGACGGACACUCGCCGACGAGUCAAAGUCUACACCCUCAACGAGGACAGACAGUGGGAUGACCGCGGGACCGGACACGUCUCCUCGGCUUAUGUGGAGCGAUUGAAAGGCACGUCCCUGCUGGUGCGAGCAGAGAGCGAUGGUUCCCUACUGCUGGAGUCCAAAAUCAACCCAAACACAGCUUACCAGAAACAGCAGGACACGUUGAUAGUGUGGUCGGAGGCAGAGAACUACGAUCUGGCGCUCAGCUUCCAAGAGAAGGCUGGCUGUGAUGAAAUCUGGGAGAAAAUAUGCCAGGUGCAGGGGAAAGACCCGUCAGUGGACAUCACCCAGGAUGUAGUGGACGAGUCUGAGGAGGAGCGCUUCGAUGACAUGUCGUCGCCGGGUCUAGAGUUGCCCCCAUGUGAACUGAACCGCUUGGAGGACCUCGCCGAGAUGGUGGCCUCCUCACUCCCAUCGCCACUGCGGCGCGAGAAACUGGCACUUGCCGUGGAGAACGAGGGCUACAUUCGCAAAAUCCUGGAACUGUUCCGCGUGUGUGAGGAUUUAGAGAAUCGAGAGGGACUGCACCACCUCUACGAAAUCAUCAAAGGCAUCUUCCUGCUCAAUCGCACGGCACUCUUUGAGGUUAUGUUCUCUGAAGAGUGCAUCAUGGACGUCAUUGGUUGUCUGGAGUUUGACCCGGCGCUCCCGCAGCCACGGCGGCAUCGAGAGUUUCUCACUAAGACAGCUCGCUUUAAGGAGGUGAUCCCCAUCUCUGAUCCCGAACUGCGUCAGAAAAUACACCAGACAUAUCGGGUGCAGUAUAUUCAGGACAUGGUGCUGCCCACGCCCUCUGUAUUUGAGGAAAACAUGCUGUCCACCCUGCACUCCUUCAUCUUCUUCAACAAGGUGGAGAUUGUGGGCAUGCUACAGGACGAUGAGAAGUUUCUGACAGACCUCUUUGCACAGCUAACAGAUGAGGCUACUGAUGACGACAAAAGACACGAGCUGGUGAACUUCCUAAAAGAAUUCUGUGCAUUCUCACAAACGUUACAACCUCAAAACAGAGACGCCUUCUUCAAGACAUUGUCAAACAUGGGCAUUUUACCUGCACUAGAGGUCAUACUGGGAAUGGAUGACGUUCAGGUGCGUGGGGCAGCCACAGAUAUCUUCUCUUAUCUGGUGGAGUACAACCCCUCCAUGGUACGAGAGUUCGUCAUGCAGGAAUCUCAGCAGAAUGAUGAUGACAUCCUCCUGAUCAACCUGAUCAUUGAACACAUGAUCUGUGACACAGACCCCGAACUGGGGGGGGCGGUGCAGCUGAUGGGCCUGCUAAGGACUCUGGUGGACCCAGAGAAUAUGCUGGCUACGGCAAAUAAAACUGAGAAGACAGAGUUCCUGAGCUUCUUCUACAAGCACUGUAUGCACGUCCUCUCGGCUCCACUACUGGCCAACACCACGGAGGAAAAACCCAGCAAAGGUAUUGAACAUCUGUUUGGAUACAUGUGUGACGGGUUUUUUAUUGUUCAAACUUUGUCAACAAGUAUGUACUUAGUUACCAUCUUUCUUUUAUGUUCAGAUGACUUUCAAACAUCCCAGUUGCUGGCGUUGAUUCUGGAGCUGUUGACGUUCUGUGUGGAGCAUCACACCUAUCACAUCAAGAACUAUAUCAUCAACAAGGACAUUCUCAGGAGGGUUCUGGUGCUCACUGCGUCUCAGCACGCGUUCCUGGCCCUAUGUGCCCUGCGCUUCAUGCGGAGGAUCAUUGGUCUGAAGGAUGAAUUCUACAAUCGCUACAUCAUGAGGAACUUUCUUUUUGAGCCCGUCAUCAAGGCCUUCCUCAACAAUGGAUCCCGCUACAAUCUCAUGAACUCGGCAAUCAUUGAGAUGUUUGAGUAUGUCCGUGUGGAGGAUGUGAAGUCUCUCACAGCUCAUAUAGUUGAGAACUACUGGAAAGCUCUGGAAGACGUCGACUAUGUCCAGACGUUCAAGGGCCUGAAGCUGCGGUAUGAACAGCAGCGAGAGAGACAAGACAACCCCAAACUGGAUAGCAUGCGCUCCAUCCUGCGGAACCAUCGCUUCCGUCGUGAUGCACGGACGCUGGAGGAUGAAGAGGAGAUGUGGUUCAACACAGAUGAGGACGACCUGGAGGACGGUGAGGCGGUGGUUCCUCCCUCUGACAAGAUGAAGAGCGAGGAAGACCUCAUGGAACCUAUAAGCAAAUUCAUGGAGAGAAAGAAAUUGAAAGACCCAGACGACAAAGAAGUUCUGGGGAAGUCGAGCUUGUCAGGUCGACAGAAUCCCAGCUUCAAACUCUCCUUCUCUGGCUCAACUAAAACCAGCCUAUCCAGCCCCCCCUCAUCUGCCUCGCUGAACCCAGGUUCUCCGGGAUCACCGGGGUCUCCGGGCUCAGGAGUGCGCAGCUCACCCCCCAACACAACCGUAACCACAAAGGGAGGUUUAGUGGGACUGGUUGAUUAUCCUGAUGAUGACGACGACGAGGAGGAAGAGGAGGAGGAGGAAGAUGCGGACAGUAAAGGGGAACCCCUGCCCCCUUCGAAGAAGUCCAAACUGAGCUCCUAAAAGAAGCAUCGCCGUCUCAGCUUGUGCUCUGCUCAGACAGUUUCAGUGCAUAGACUUUACACAAGAAUGAUCAAACUUGUAAACAAAUUGAAUGAAUGAAUGCAAACCGCCCCUCUCCGUCAGCGGGCGGCCCACAGAGGAGCAGACUGUGAAUGGAUUUGGAGCCUCCUCAGUUUAGCCCCAAGACUCGUUCAUACAAGUGCCAAUCGGGAGACCAGGAGUGGGUAAAAAAAAAAAAAGUCUGAAAAGUGGAACAGGCCAGUGAAAGUUGGGGGGGAAAGUUCGGACUCGGACAGUACAAAACAUGUUGGACUUUAACAACUCAGCAACUGGAGGAAAAGACCACACACAAAACAAGUACAAGCAGAAUGAAGCCCCAGAGAGCUCACAGGCUCGGACCAUAACCCACUGCCCCCCCCCCGCCCCCCACUCAGGAAGGACAUCACAGUGGCCCAGACGGGUCGGCCAAUUCAGACCCAGAACCACAACUCGCACCCCACCCCCCCUCUCCCCGGAAUCCUUUCUUACUUCUUUUCUCCUCUGCUCUCUUCUUCGUCUGUUUGCUUUCUGCCCCCCACCCCCCUUUUUUUUAAGUUAGUAUAUAGGACCAGACGGGAGGCGGCAUGUGGCAAAGAGCUGUCCUUGUUGUCGUUUGAUGAUGUCAUCAGUGUCGUUGUUCCUCAGCGGACGUUCUUUCUGACUAGAAAAAAGCCAGCAGUUUCAGUUUUUCCUUAUUUUUUUAUUUUUUUCUCUAUUUGUCUCUGUCUUUCUCCUGUUUUUUGUAAAUGAUAACAAAAAAGACCUGCCUUUAAAUGUUCAGGACGUUUUCAGUCACACUUGAACAGGUUUUUAAAGACCUCAGUAGGUGAGCUAGUUUUACCCUUUUUGCCCUUUGAAACUGCAGAUUUUUUGGAGAAUUUGUAAUCCCGUCUUGAUUAAAGAUUGAGUGGAAUUCUAGAUGUGAUGAAUUUUGUCAUAUCUUCUCAUUUUUUUUCCUUUUCCAUGAGUGUACACUUAGUUGUUCAGAAUAUUUGGGACCAUUAAAAUGAUCUUUGCUGUAA